GAUGGCUGAUGAGGCGCAGCCCAAUGGCCGCCGCUGUCAGCUUCAGGGCAAGGUCCUGGUUCUGACUGUGUGUGCUGCAGGAAUUGGAGGGACUUUCCAGUAUGGCUACAACCUCACCAUCAUCAAUGCCCCAACAUCGUUUAUCCAGGCGUUUAUCAAUGAGACGUGGCUGGAACGCACCGGGCAGCCCUUGGAAAGAAGCAGGAUAACACUCAUGUGGUCCUUUGUCGUCUCAAUAUUUCCUCUGGGAGGACUCGCUGGAGCCCUCCUUGCAGGUCCCAUGGCCAUUAAACUGGGAAGGAAGAAAUCUUUGUUGCUGAACAACAUGUUUGUGCUCCUUGCUGCCUUGCUGGUGGGACUCAGCCGGAUAGCAAAAUCCUUUGAAAUGAUCAUGCUGAGCAGAUUUUUUGCAGGAAUCAAUUCUGGGGUGAGCAUGAACGUUCAGCCCAUGUACUUGGGGGAAAGCGCACCCAAGGAGCUUCGUGGAGCCGUGACCCUGACGUCAGCAUCCUUUACUGCCCUGGGGCUGGUGCUGGGACAAGUUGUUGGCCUGAGAGAAAUAUUAGGAGCAGAGGAGAACUGGCCUCUUCUUUUAGCCAGCAAUGCGGUGCCCAGUCUGAUCCAGCUGUUGCUUCUGCCCUGGGCCCCAGAAAGCCCCCGGUACUUACUGAUUGACCGAGGAGAUAAGGAGAUGUGCAUUUGUGCGUUGCAGAAACUGCGAGGCAGCCGUGACCUGAACAGCGAGAUGAAGGAGAUGCUGGCUGAACAGGCAGCCGUCCAAGGGAAGAAGGCCGAGGGCCCGUGGGAGUUGUUCUGGAACCCCGCCGUGAGGUGGCAGCUGAUCACCAUCCUGGUGCUCAGCAGUGCGAUGCAGCUCUGUGGCAAUGACUCGAUGUACUUCUAUGCCUCCUAUGUUUUCGAGGAGGCAGGGAUUCCUUAUGACAAAAUCCAGUACUACGUUAUUGGCACAGGGAGCUGUGAGCUGAUUACCGCCAUAACUUGUAAUUUCAUCAUAGAACGUGCCGGUCGAAGGAUGCUGGUGAUAGGGGGAUACAGUCUUAUGGCAGUGUGGGCCGUGGUCUUCAUGGUGGCUUUAUCCCUGCAGGAUCGGUUUAGCUGGAUGCCAUACCUCAGCAUGGCUUGCAUCUUUGCCUAUAUCCUGAGCUUUGGAAUUGGACCAGCUGGUGUGACAGGAAUGAUACCCACUGAGAUUUUUGAUCAGAUGACCCGCCCAGCUGGCUACAUGAUCUGUGGCUCUUUGAUUUGGACCAACCUGUUUCUAGUGGGAAUGGCAUUUCCUUUCAUCAUGGAAGGCCUGGGCCAUUUCUGCUAUCUUCCUUUUUUCACCGUUUGUGUCUGCACUGCCCUGUAUGUCAGUUUCUUCCUCCCCGAGACCAGGGGGAAAAGCUUUCUGGAAAUCUCUGAAGAGUUCAACAAGCGCAAUUUCAAAACUCAGACUUGUGAAAAUUCCUGGACAAACUUGGAAGAUACCAAAUCCACUAUGUUGUAACCACUGAGCAAACUGAAGAGACAGUGGGAAUAAGCAAAUCUGUCCCAA